AUGCCUUCAGUACCCACCCCCACCAAGGCUGGCAUCGUCGAAUCUCAAGCCGGCGAUCGUCACAUCCCAUCAUCUACCCGCCCCGACGGUACGAAACGAAAAGAAAUCAAGAUCCGUCCAGGAUACAAACCACCCGAGGAUGUCGAAGUAUACAAAAACCGGACCGCAGAUGCGUGGAAGAGUCGUGGUAGUAAGGGUCCACCGGGUGCAGAGAGCUUGAAGGACGACACAACCGCAGCGGGAACAGCGGCAAGCAACAAAAAUGCGAAGAGAAGAGAGGCGAGAAAAAAGGCAGCUGAAAAUUCUAAUGAAGGAAAUGGUGAAGUGAAUGGAAGUCAAAUUGAUAAUUGGAGGGACGGGAAGAAGGAUGUUGAGGUGGAAAAGAAGGAAGAGGUUGAUCCGGAGGCCGAGAGAGAAAAGAAGGCGAGGAAUCUGAAGAAAAAGCUGAAGCAGGCCAAGGAUUUGAAGGAGAAGAGUCGGGAGGAGGGGGCCAAGCUACUUCCAGAGCAAUUUGCAAAGGUUAUCAAGAUCAAUGAGUUGAUUAGGGAAUUGGAUCAGCUUGGGUUUGAUGCCGAGGGAGAGCCAAAAGCCAAGGAUGGUGCGAAAUAUAUUUCCAGUACGGAAGAGACAACACCUCCAGAGGAUACGAAGCAAUGA